CUGUCGUAGUCAAUUACAUUUUCACCAUGUCUCCUGCACUCUUCAACGCUCUGUUUAUUCUGCUCAUAUUCCUCCCUAAUGGGCUCUCUCAGUUGGUGAGAACACAGCAGGUUGUCACAGCAACCCUGGGAGAAGAUGCAGUCUUAAACUGUGAGCUCAUGAAACCCAAAGACGUGCGGCAAGUCACCUGGCAAAAAGUGACAACUGGGCCGAAUGAAAAUGUGGCCACUUACAGCAAACGAGGUCCCAAUGUCAACCCACCUUUUCAGGGGAAAGUGGAGUUUGAAGAUGAGGGACUGCAGAACUGCUCUAUCGUCAUCAGAGGCGUGUCAAGAGGAGACGAGUCCUGCUACAAAUGUCUGUUUAAUGCCUUUCCAGAUGGAGCUAUCAGUGGAACGACCUGCCUCCAAGUAAAUGAGCUGUAUGGACCCUCACUCCUCAUCACACAAACCAACAACAGUCACAUCACUCUGUCCUGUUCUGCUACUGGACGACCUGUUCCUAUAGUAACCUGGGAUGACAUAAUGAUAGAACAUUCCACCAUGGUUGAUGUCACCCAUCCCAAUGGAACUGUCACUGUGACAACUACUGUAACAGUGGUAGUGUCCAGUCUAACUGACAAAGAAGUUAGGUGUGUUGCUUCUAUGUCCUUCAGUGAUGUCACCAAGAAUGCUUCCAUGGUGAUUCCAGCUUCAAUUACUGGCCAAUCUCAGGUCUCUGAUGAUGACAGGAUCAGUGGUGCAGUGGUUGGUGCGGUGAUGGGUUCAAUGUGUCUCAUUGCUGUAUUCUGUGUAAUAUGGCUGCAAAAGAGGAGAAAAGAUACCUCCUCCAGGUAG